AUGAAACACGUUGAGGAGGUUUCAGGCCUGAAGUGCGACCACCUGCUGUCCUCAGGUCAGGUUCUUCCCAGCGAGUGUGUGAGUGGGCUGGUGGAGCUGGCAGGAAACCCAAACACCAGCCCGGUCCUGACGAGCUCCAUCGUCUCCCUGCUGGCACAGCUAGGUAAAGAUCCACGGUCAGAUUCUGGUGUUUGUUUGCUGAACUCUUCGCUCACCUGCACCCUGAUCCUUUCCAAAGCGAGUGACGAUGGCGGUCGGGAGAUCCUUCACAGCAGCUACAACCUCACCAGCACGUUGGCGUCUGUCGUCCACUGCCACAGCAGCACACCUGGAGAACCCCUGGUGCUUCAG